GCUUUCGCAGUAAAUCCGCGUCUACUACCCACGCCCCGUCUCUCUCUCGCUCUCUCUCUCCAAGCCGCUGCUCACGCCCCCCUCUCUCUUUCAAGUUCCCAAAUCUUCUGUCUCGUCUCCCAAGCUUUUAUCUCUUACGAACUGCUUCCAAUCAUCUCCUCCGGCCAAACCGCUGGAUUUUCGCCGGAAUCCGCCUCGAAUAUGACGCCGAUGUAUAAAUACUGAACAAGCGGACCACCAGGGAGCCUUAAACAGCUCCGCCUCUCUCUCUCUCUCUCUCUCUCUCUCUCUCUCUCUCUCUGAAAGCACUCGUGAUUGGAAAUUAGGGCUUUUAUUGUCCUUUUUCAUGGAAAAUUUAUAAGCUCAUGGCCACUCUCCGCUCGUGAUUCUUGGAUCUCUCUAUUAUAUCUAUUUCUCUUUUCACGACACAACACCGCCAGAAUGCUUUCUGGAGUGAAAUUCAUACCGCCCGAUCAGCUCCACGAGGCAGAACAAAAUUCUGACUCUAAUUAUUCGGCAAAAGAGAGGAAGAAAUCAAUAAGUAGGAAGGAAAAAGAUAGGGGAAAGAAGAAGAAAGACCAGUAUGAUAGCUCUGGCGAUGAAGAGAUUGUGAAAAUAAAGAAAGGGUCAAAAAGAAGGAAGAAGUGGUAUUCUUCAGAUGCUUCUUCCUCAUCGUCUCUGUCACAAACUGAUAAUGAGAGCGAUGCUGAUAGUGGUGGAGAGGCGUACCAGAAACACAAGACAAGUGCUAGAGAAAAGAAUCGGAAGAAAGAGAAGAGGACCCAACAUCAAACCUCAAAUGAUGAAGUGAGGGAGAGAUCCAAGAAAAAAUCAAAAUCAAGGAAGGAGUGUUAUUCGUCUGAUGAUUCUUCCGAGUUUGAUUCUGAAAGUGAUGACAACCGUCAUUCUAGUAGGAAAGAGGAGCAGCAGAAAAGAGGGAGGAAACAUAAGAAAGAGAAAAGCAAGGAAAGAAGGGGCCAAAAGGUUGUGGACAAGAACGAUUUGUCAGAUGAUGGCAGAGACUUGGUUCCCCAAGAUAACAAAGGGCGUGCAAGGAAGGAGAUGGGCUUAGAAUGGAUGCUUAAACCUGCAACUCAACCAAGUAUGGCGUCUACGCAAAUUGAUGAUCCCCUGGAGGAACCACAUGUUGACGAGGUACAAAAACCAAAUCCAAGAGAAUUAAAUCCAUAUCUUAAAGAUAAUGGAAUUGGUUACCCGGAUGAAGAUUCCCAGACAAAGGCCGAUAUGAACCGACUUCCACCUUCUUCAGUUGUUGGUGAUGGUGGUGCAAGCUGGCGGCUAAAGGCCUUGAAGCGUGCACAAGAACAGGCAGCUCGUGAAGGGCGGAAGCUUGAUGAGGUCGUCGGAGAACGAUGGGGUUCGUUGGGUAACCUAGCCGUAUCUGCUGCAUCCCGUUCAGCUGCUCAUGCUCAUGCUCAUUUGCAUGCCAUAAGAGAUAGAAAGAGAGGACCAAUAGAAAAACAAGGAGUUGCAGAUGAUCAGAAUGAAAAGGCCACUGAGAAAGUGGGUAAUAGCCGUAGAUAUUCACGUGAUGUUUCUCUCCGGCAUCCUGAAAUGCGGGAGCCUAAAGUUCGUGAUUCCUUAUCUUGGGGAAAGAGGAAGGUUCCGAAAAUGUCUGCAGAGGAUGCCCAACUCAUCUCAUCUGCUGCAUCACACCUAAAUAAAUAUGCAAAUGAUGGAAGCUUUUUGCAUGAAUUUGAUCGGUUCGAGAAUAAAGAUGCUAGUGGUUCUGGUAAUUCCACUCAUGCAGAUAUUGAAGGAAAUGAAAAUUUGGACUCAGGAUUGGUUUCCUUGAAGACAGGAAAUGAAAAUGAGGACUCGGGAUUGGUUUCUUUGAAGAAUGACAACUCUACUCAAGGGCGUUCUGUCAGUAAGCAAGUGAUGAGCACAAAUCAAUUAGCAGCUAAGGUGUUGCAGCUUCGCAUGAAAGGAAAGCAUGAAGAGGCUGAAAAACUGUUGAAAGAAACAGAGACCACAGCCGGGGAGCAAGAAACUAAAGCUAAAACAGUUUACCAUGGAACUGAGGGAAGUAUAAGCAGAUAUGCUGGGAGGAAUAUAUCUAGUCGACAAAAGAAAGGGGAUGAUGAUGCUGACAUGCAUUUGGCACGCACUAUAGUGCAGAACAAACAAUAUAGCAUGUCUGGACGAGCAGACGAUGAAUAUGAUUUCGAUGGCGCUCCAAGCAAAAAGAGAAAUCGGAAAAGGGAAGGGACGCCUGAGAAAAAUACUAUUGCCAAGCGCCUCAUGACUCAGCAAGAGCGAUGCCAAUUUUGUUUUGAAAACCCAACAAGGCCAAAACAUCUCGUUGUUUCAAUAGCGAAUUUCACAUAUUUGAUGCUACCACAGUGGCAGCCUGUUGUGCAAGGUCAUUGUUGCAUCUUACCAAUGCAGCAUGAGUCGGCCACAAGAACUGUUGACAAUGAUGUAUGGGAUGAAAUACGCAACUUCAAAAAAUGCCUUCUUAUGAUGUUUGCGAAACAGGACAAGGAUGUUGUGUUUCUUGAAACUGUGAUGGGGUUGGCAAAGCAACGUCGUCAUUGCUUGGUCGAGUGCAUUCCUUUACCUCGUGAUAUUGCUAAGGAAGCACCUCUGUAUUUUAAGAAGGCAAUUGAUGAAGCCGAAGAGGAGUGGAGCCAGCACAAUGCAAAGAAGCUUAUUGACACAAGCCAGAAGGGAUUGCGAGCUUCCAUUCCCAAGGACUUCCCUUAUUUUCAUGUGGAAUUUGGUUUAAAUAAGGGCUUUGUUCACGUGAUUGAUGACGAAACGCAAUUCAAAAGCAACCUUGGUCUUAACGUCAUAAGAGGCAUGUUACAGCUGCCAGAGGAAGACAUGUAUCGUCGCCGUAAGCAUGAGUCGGUGGAGACCCAAAAGCAAGCUGUUGCGAGCUUUGUGCGAGAGUGGGACCCUUUUGACUGGACAAAGCAGCUUGACUAGGUGUUAAAUGUUUAUAGGAGAAUUACUACGUUUUGGCUGGAAGCAACCAAAUGAUUUGGACCCAUUCGGCAGCUAUAUGAGUACAAGGUGCCUGUGGAAAUCCAUGGAUUCUGACAAGAUCCUAUAUUGCUCUUGAAAAUUAGAGCUGCACCAUCUUGUUGAAAACAGAACCUAGAUCCUCGACAUGUGUUUUUCUUUUGCUCCUGAUAUCCAUAUCAUCGAAGGAGAGAAGGUCAAUAUUUUUGUAGUCGCAGAAGGCAGCCACAGCAAUCAUGUCUGAAACUGGAUCCACCAACUGAAAGGCGAAUCUGUUACAUGUAUCAGGACUUGGGAGAGGUUAUCAAUCUUGAACAUUUUGUCUGGAUAUUUUUGUCUGUGUGGGUUACACUAGCAUUUGGAUUAGUAUAUGUGGGCAUUCUUAAGCCCACAUGCCACCUCUCCACAUGCACAUGCUCAUGAAGUCACUCUGCCGACACGAUGCUUGUGGGACAUUUUAAGCCAUUCAUAAGGUGGACCUGCCAUGUGGAUGACCAUGCCCAAGGUUGGAUGGGUCCAUUUAUCAUGUAGGUGAUACAUGUAAUAAAAUGAUGGAAGUAGUGUAUCUGAUGAAUGGGCUGUCCUUUUUUCUUUUUUCAGGUCAUACCCAAUGCACGACUUGGAUGUUCCUUCACCUGUAAGAUUAGGAGUUGACACAUGUUUAGAGGUGCUAUAUGGUGGGGGUUAGUGAACUCAUUGUAUAAUUUUAAACAAUACCCAAUGCAUGUAUUAUUAUUUCGUAAA